AUGGGGGUGACGGGGCUCAUGCUGUUCCUGAGCAGGGGCCAGGCAAAGGCCCCAGCGAGCUCGGCUUCCCCGCAGGACCCUGAGCCCCACCACUGGUCUCCUCCCAGCACGGCCUGGCUCUGCGUCCCGCGCUCGCUGCACAGCCAGGAUGCUCUAGGUGACAAGUCCUCCCUCUCCUUCAUCCCACAGAUGUUUACAAAGUACCUCCAGCCCUCUGAGAGGUCAGAUAUCAUCCUCAUGGCCGUGAAGACCUUGACAAAUCCAGGGGUCUACAGCAUCGGCACGGCUGCCCACAUGGUGGACAUCCUUGUGACAGACAGUGACUUCCAGAGAGGGCAGGUGCUGAACAUCACGUGGGCCAUUUACAGAAACCUGCCCUCCGUCAGCACAGAAAUAGCCGGCAACAGCCUGAAGACGGCCCUGCUGAUGCUGACACAAAAAAACCCCGGAGAGGUGGUGGCCAGCAUGCUGCAGUGCUCGCCAACGUGCAGCAGUGGCGCCAUGGCCAUGUGGAAGACGAUGCUCUCUAAGCCCAAAGCUGCAAGGAAGGUGCUGGAGGAGCUGCUCAGGACAAUGAUGAAUCAGUCGCUGCGCAAGGUCUCCGCCACCACCAUGGACAACCCGCGCAUGCUGUCCCUGGCCGCAUGCAGGACGAUACACAAAAUCCUCGAGCAGUCCCUCUGCCCAAAGGAGGUGGAGGAGGUUUUCCCUAAGCUUUUCCUUGCACUGCUGUUCCAAGUGUCAUUCACGACAGAGCUGAAGCAAAAGGAAAUACUCAUUUGCUGGAAGGAGUACCAGCAGGAUCAGCUCACUCCCAUCAGGUCAGCAGUGCAGUCCAUGAGAGUGUUGCUCCGCACCAUGGGCUUUCAGAUCAGGGAGCUGGUCAUCGAGGAGCAGGGUGGCUGGGCCAAGCUGCUCCAUGUCGAGCACCACCUCGAGGGAGUGCGCAUCGUGGCCAGGCGAGAGCCCCUUCUCCCCGCUCCUCGGGCACCGCGCACCCCGCAGCACCCACUCCCUUGGGGCUGA